AAGAUAAUAAUAAAUAGUGUCAGUGAUGUACUUGUUUAUCAAAUUAAUUAUAUUAACUGUUGUUAUUGUUGAACACAUAGAAAAUGUUGAUCUAUCAGAGGGUUUGUCGCCAAAUGUGUUUAAUCUGGCGACCGGUGCUAUCAUAACAGUGAACGCCACUUGUGGUGAAACGGGUCCCGAAUAUUAUUGUAAAUUAGUAGAGCAUGUGCUUAAACGCCCAUCGGACACUACUCCAGGUCAGUGCAAUAUAUGCGAUGCGGCCAAUGUUGACAUCUCUAAGCGUCACCCGAUUGCUAAUGUCAUCGAUGGAAGCGAAUCAUGGUGGCAAAGUCCGACAUUACAGUACGGCAAAAAAUAUGAAUGGAUUACUAUUACUUUAAAUCUCAAACAAGUGUAUCAGAUCUCACAUGUGAUCAUUAAGUCGGCGAUAUCACCACUUCCUGGCAAUUGGAUUCUUGAACAUUCAGUUGAUGGCCAAACAUAUAGGCCGUGGCAAUACUUUGCACUGUCAGAUACAGAGUGUUGGGAUACUUACCGAAUACGUCCUACAAUUGGCAAAGUUAGGUACAGAUCUGAUGAUGAAGUCAUCUGUACGUCGUUUUAUUCAAAGAGUGAUAUUCUUGAGAACGGAGAGGCACACGUAUCAUUGAUUACUGGUAGACCUGGUGCUGAAGGACCCAGUGAUACAUUGAGAGAGUUUACAAAAGCCCAGUUCGUUAGGCUUAGACUACAAAAAAUUAAAACACUUCAUUCAGAGCUAAUAGAUCCCGAAAAGAUGGAUAAUGCUAUUACCAGAAGAUUUUUCUAUACCAUCAAAGACGUUACAAUUGGUGGUCAAUGUCUUUGUAAUGGUCACGCACGGGAAUGUAGGGCUAGUAUUGGCUCAGCGCUACCAAAGUGUCAGUGCGAACACAAUACUUCAGGAACCAAUUGUGAGAUAUGUAAACCUUUGUUUAACCAAAAGAAGUGGAGAUCGGCAUCAAGUAGUUGGGGAUUUGUAUGCAAUGAAUGUCAAUGUUUUGGACAUUCAGAAGAAUGUUAUUACGAUCAGACCAUCGCCUCCAAGAAGUUAAGUCUUUCCAAAUCUGGUGUUUAUGAAGGCGGAGGCGUAUGCAGUAAAUGUCGACAUCACACAGUGGGUAUUAACUGUGAACAAUGCGAAGAUGGAUAUUAUAGACCAGAAGGUGUUCCACUGGACAGUCCUAAUCCAUGCUCUAAAUGUCAAUGUAGUGGACCAGGAAUUUCACAUUUGUGUAUUAAAGAUGUGUUUCAUUUAAUUGAAGGCCGAAAACCUGGAGAUUGUCUUUGUAGGGAAGGUUUUGAAGGUAAUCGCUGUGAACGAUGUGCACCGGGAUAUAAAAAUUAUCCGCAAUGUACUCAAUGUACGUGUGUUUACGCCGGUAUUAUAAACACUGAGGUUUGUGACGGUCAGUGCUUGUGUAAGAACAACGUUGUGGGAACUCGUUGUAACAAAUGUAAGAGUGGUUACUAUAAUCUCGAUCACGACAAUAUAGAUGGUUGUGCCGAGUGUUACUGUUUUGGUGCCACUAAUAUAUGUGCUUCAAGUGAUUGGGGACUAGAGAUUGUCAAUAAUUUGGAUGAUUGGAUGAUCUCUGACCUGUCAGGCAAAGUGAAAGUACCGCCAACUAAAGAAACUGGACGUUUGGUUAUAGCUAACGAUGAGAUGCCGUCGUCGGCUCAGAAUUUGUACUAUUGGGAGGCACCUGAAGACUAUUUGGGCCAAAAUUUGUAUUCAUAUGGAAAUGAUCUUAAAUUUCACAUCAGUUAUGUUGUUUCACGAGGAGAUGUGUCCGGAUAUUUUACAGAUGACGCUGAUAUGAUACUUGAAGGCGGACCCGAUAAUAUCAGAAUUGGUUAUAAAUGGCACAAACCAUCUGAAGUGGACGAAGUAAAUACCACUAUAAUUAUGCCAUUAAGAGAAAAAGGAUGGUUUAGAGUGGGAGACGACGGCAAGAAAACUGAUGCAUCCGUGUCUCGGGAAGAGUUUACUCUUGUUUUGUAUGAUUUGAAACGACUGCUGAUUCGGGCAAAGUUUCAUACCGACCAAAUUGAAGGCGGGCUCUAUCAGAUCGAUAUGGAAAAGGCAUCCAACACUUCAAAGAGUAUCAAAAAAGCUGAGGGAACAGAAAAGUGUGAAUGUCCUCCAGGUUAUGCUGGACUAUCAUGUCAAUACUGUGCACCGGGAUAUAGACGAGUCAAUAAUAUAUUGGUUAAUGGUAUCUGUGAAAAGUGUGACUGCAAUAAUCACGCGGAAUCUUGCGAUCCAUUCACUGGAAAGUGCUCUCCAUGCCUUCAUAACACUACUGGUCCUAAUUGUGGUGAAUGUUUGCCUGGAUUUUAUGGUAACGCCACACAAGGUUUUGAGGACGACUGUAAGCCGUGUGGCUGUCCAUUACUUAUAUCUUCAAACAACUUUUCUCCGACCUGUCACUAUGAACCUAACAGUAGAUACGGAUACAUAUGUAACUGUCCAAUUGGUUAUAUCGGUGAUCAAUGUGAACGAUGCAUUGAAGGAUAUUAUGGUAAUCCAUUAGUACCGGGAGGUUUAUGUCUUCCUUGUGAAUGUGGACCAGAAACUAACAGAUCAAUACCGGGAUGGUGUGAUCAUAUAACAGGACACUGUAGGGUCAUUGAUGAAUGUGCCGAUUUGGAUGAUAAGUGUAUUCUUAUGCUUUUGGAAGACAUGGAGUUUCUUAAAGUUUUGGUCGAAGAAGCGAAUCUAACAGAUGUAGCAAACCUUCCGUGGACUCGAUUAUUGCAUUUAACGAAUAGAUUUACAAAAAUAUCGACAAAUUUUAAUGAUUAUCAAAGAGUGAUAUCUCGAGGCAACCAAAUCAUUGGCAAUUACAGCAUUAGCUUCGAUCUCGAGACGUGGGCUGAUAUAUUGUACUUAAAAUCACGUGAAUUGUAUGACAGGGGACCAGUAUUGGCCAAAGAUGCCGAAAGGGUUAAAAAUGAAGCUCAAGCACUACUGGAUCUGCUUAAUGAAUUGUGGACAAUGAUUAUUGGGAUUGUCAAUCAAUUGCGUAAACAUCACGAUCCAAUCGGACAUAUAUCUGAUCGUAUGCUUCAAGAAGCCGAACGUAUAUUACGUGAACUCCAGGCCCGAGACUUUAGACCACGCGUUGAGGAAGCAGACAGAGAAUUAAGAAAAGCUAAAAACUUAUUGGAAAGAGUUAGACAGCUAUUGACUGAUCGCAAACAUACAGAUCCUCUAAAGCAACGUUUGGAUCGAUUAGCAGAACUUUUAAGAGAUAUAUUAUCAAUAGUCCAAAACAAAGUUCAACCGCCUAUACAAACAACAGUUAAAUUGGUUCGCGAGUCAUACCCCGUGACUGCAUUUAUAGUGGCGGCUGUGGCUAACAGUUCUCGAUAUGCAGAUGAGGCCAAUAUUACACUUACAGAAGCUCACAAACUAUUAGAAGCGGCAAAGAAUGCGUUGAUUGAAGCUGUCGUCACUUAUGAUAUUCUUCCUCGACUUCUGGCCAAAGUGGACAACGAUACACAAAUGAUCGAAGAAAGACGUGGUAUACUGGCCCGACUUAAUCCAGAAUACAACGACAAGUAUGUAAUUCCGUGUCAGAAACACGCUGAAGAACUCAUAAGACAAGUGAACUUUUUGAAUGGACUUUUCAAUGCUACUCGAGAUGUGGCUGAAUAUCCAUUGAAAGCGGCAAACGUUUACCAAAAAAUAGUGGACGCAUUGGCCGCUGCAGAAAAUGCGGCGAAAAAGGCUAAUGAAGCCGCAGAAAGAGCUUAUAAAGAAGCGUAUCCCGGAACAGAUGAGGCACUCACUCUUAAAGCUAAAAAUGCUAAACUAAGAAGUGAAGAGUUAUUACAACAGGCAAAAGAAUUUAGAGACAAUAAAGUGCCGGAAUUGGAGAGAGAAUUGGCAAAGAAAAAGUUCAAAUUAGAUGUGAUCGCAGAUGACUUAGCAAAUGGCAAACGCAAUCUCGAUCUCAUUAACAAAGCAUUAGAUACCUUACCUAAAGACUUAUCGGGUAUUCUUCGAGGAGUUGAAGCCAAGUUGAGAAAUAUUUUAGAUGGUCUCGAAGAUAUUCAUAGACGAAUUGAUGAUAUUGAUCGACGAAUUGCCGCCGAUUUAAUGCCAAAAUUAAACCGAUUGAGAGCUGGAACUACAUCUGGUUUGGACAACUUGACUAAAAUCAUAGACGAGGCCCGUAAUGACAUUCGUGACGGUUCACGACUCGCUGAUAGAGCUGAAGAAAUAGCAGAAAGAGUUAAUCGUUUGCAUAAUCAGAUGGAACUUAACUUUAAGGAACUUAAGGAUAGAAUAUUAUUGGCCCGACAGAAAGCGGCCAGUAUUCGGGUGUCGUUGGGUACGGACAGGAGUGGUGUCUGCGCCCGAUCUUAUGAAGCACAGAUUGAACCAUCAGUUUCUAAUAAUAUUAUUCUUAACUAUGCCAUCAAAGAUGAAGCACGCGAUGCGCUAUUAUUUUUUAUCGGAAACAAAAGAACCGAUGACUUUAUGGCCAUUGAAAUGGUUGACCGAAAGAUCCGCUAUAUUUGGAACGCCGGCGGCGGCACUAAAAUGUUGGCCCACACUCUCAAUAUUGAGACCAAUGACCAGCAAUUGUUAAAAGACAGUCAAUGGUAUAAAAUAGAAGUGAAUCGUAUCCGAAAUGAGGCCAUACUUAGUGUUAAGAGGAUACCCGACGCUAACAAAUUGGAUCCGUUUGAGAUCUCCGACACUUCGCCCGAAGGCUUUAAUCGAAUGGAUUUGAAUCGUGACUCAAACUUCUUCAUCGGAGAAUUUCCUCCAGACUUCAGACCUCCGAGGGAAGUCAGAACCAACUCGUUUGCCGGAUGUCUCUAUGAGUUAACAUUAGAUGGAAAACCAGUCGGUCUUUGGAACUUUACCACCAAUAAGGGCUGUGACGGAUGUAAAGAGGGCGCUACCGAACCCAAAGACUUGAGUACUUUCUUGUUUAAAGGAGAAGACUCUUAUGUCAUAGAAAACCAAAUUAGAAGAUACGAUAAGAAGAAGUUUUUGGUUUCACUUCAAUUUAAGACUUUUGAUGAAGAAGCGCUACUCUUUUUUACAGCCAAUCCAUCAACCGGUGAUUAUUUAGCUAUUUAUUUAAAAGAAGGAAAAGUUAUUUAUCAGUUCAAUGUCGCAAAUUCGGCGCGACUUUCGCUGACCACUAAAAACAAGUAUAAUACUGGACAGUGGGUCCGAUUGAAUGCUGAACGGGAAAAAUUAGACGGAGUUUUGUCUGUUGAUGAGGAAUAUCUUGAGGGACGCAUACCGUCGGGAAGUCCUACAAAUAUGGAGUUAUCGGACAGUGAUUUAUAUUUAGGUGGCGUAACGCCUAACUUUACAGCCCAUCACUGGCCUAAUAUCGUAUUCAAAUCAUUCCUCGGUUGUAUUAAAGACCCGCAAAUAGAUACGACACCAUUGAAUCUCUUACAACAGGAGGCAUUUGGUGUUGAAGUGGGCUGUCGUGAGAAAACAGAGAAAGUUGUCAGCUUUAAGGGCUCCGGUUAUCUCCAACUUAAUAGUGAGCCUCUUAAAGAAGAUGCAGAUUUUAGUUUCACAUUUAAAACAACUCAAGACGAGGCACUCUUACUAUUGUCAACAUUUGAGGGAACCAGAGGUCCCCGUUCUAGGGAUUCGCACUAUUAUUCAUUAUCAAUUGUCAACGGUAUACUUGAGGCUCGUUUUAAUGGUGGUGUCGGUGAAACCAUAUUAAAUGCAGAACUCAUGGCAGUCAAUGACGGGGCCUAUCAUACUGUAUCUGUCUCCAAAAAAGUCCGAAAAAUAAUACUAUCGUUAGAUGACAAAGAAAUCGGAACAACACGACUGGCCAGAGGUACUAAAGAUAUAGAUGCGCCCACCACUGGCGGUCUAUAUUUGGGUGGUUUGCCUCAAGGAAUGUCAUUGAAGGGAAUGGCCGGCACUAAGGAGUCGUUAAAGGGUGUCAUCAGAGAUGCCGUUUUUAACGGUAAACUUUUAAGACUUAAUGAACCGGUUAGCUUUGAAGGUGUCGGCAUCGGUCGCGAGAGUGAACCGCUUAAUAGGUUGGUCGACAAUUAAAUUGAUUGCCCGGUUUCACAUAUUUUCAACUCUUCAAAUGCUUUUUCAUGUCUGAAUACCUGUCCAACAAUUGCAUGUAAAACAAUGAAUGAUAUUAUUUUGCAUAAAAUUUUUACU